AACUGUGCCAUCAGGCUAGUUCCCUUCGUUGGCUCCUCCUGUAUCUCCUCGGCUCCCCGCAGAAAAAGCUAUCUUGCCUUGAAGAGUCUAGUUUUCUUCUUGUUCUUGACUUUGGGGACUCCGAAGCUGAGGGCAGGGUCAGGGGCAGGGAACACAGGGGAGGGACAGAGUCCUGUCCUGAGGGUUCGUGGGGAAGCUUUCGGCAGGGCAGGGACACUGAGCCACGUUUGCAAGGGGUCAGACGAAGGGCAGGGAGGGGGCCCGAGAUGGGUUGGGCACAAGAUUCUUGGAGGAUGUGCUCACUUGCUGUGGUCUGGUCUCAGCAUGACCUCCUGUGCUGCUUGGUCCUUGCCGAGACUCCAUAGUCCCCACUGCUCCCCCUGCAGCACUGCCCCUGUCCUGGGCCCAGGCCCAGCCACCCCGAUGGACACGCCAGUGGAGGAAUCCCUCUUCCAAAUCAUCCACUGCUACCACCAGUACGCGGCCCGGGAGGGGGACGUGGAGACCCUGUGCCCGGAGGAGUUGACGGCCUUUCUUGUGGACAACAUGCCUCGCUUCAUGGAGAGCUUGGGCCGGAAGGAGCCGUACUAUGUCAUAGAGUUGUUCCGGGCAGCAGACAAGGACAAGGACAACCAGAUCUGCUUUGAGGAGUUCCUCUACAUCCUGGGCAAGCUGGUGAAGGACUACCACCUGCAGUGCCACUGGCAGGUGUGUGCCCACUACUGCGCCUGGCACAGUCUUUAUUAGAGGGAGCACGGGCAGCCUCCACACAGGGCUGCCCCGGGAGCAGGCGUGACUGGGCUGUGAGCCCUGCCUUGUGUGUCUGUGGCAAGGACAGCUGUGAGGGAAGAGAAUAA